AUGUUUCCAAACGCGAGAAUACCCGGCUCCGACCUAAACCGUUCCAGGAAGCGUGGAAACAGCUGGACAAGGCGGAGGAACGGGGGGCGACUCUUCCCCGGCUUUACCCUAGAUGGCAAGCCGCUGCUCCCUCGCCCCACGCCGGCCCCGGGGAGAGGGUCGGGGGCUUUAUCCGCGGGAACGCGUCCUCCCCUCCCGCUCGGUAAACACACGUCUGCCGCCGCUGCCGACCACCCCCGGGGACCGGCCCCAACACCCCUCCCCGCAACGCCGCCUCCACCGGCAGCGGGACACCGCGGGGGAGAGAACCUGGGCCGCGGCUGGCAGCUCGCUCCCCGGCCCGCGGCGUUGGCAGGGCCCGUUGCUGCCUGCGGCCGCGCCAAAAGCUGCGGCAGCGCCCUCAGCGCCUCGCCUCACCUGCCCGGCGGCGCCUCCCACGCCCCGAACAAUGGGGCAACGCCCGGGGGCUCGCCGCCCGCCCGGGGACUCUCCACCCUCCUUCCCUUCCGCCGCCCCGCGCCCCGCGCCCCGCGCCCCUCCGAGGGGCCUGACCGACCGCCCCGGCCACCUCCUUACCUGAGGAAGCGACCUGCGGCAGCCCCGGCGGCAGGUUCCCUUUCGUACCCCCCGCCCUCCGGCGGCGUCCUGCCCGCUCCUUCCCACGGCGCCCUGGGAGUUGUAGUUCCCCCCUGCCGGCCGACACCCAGGUUCCCCGAAAGGGCCGUUCGCUCGGGACUACAAGUCCCGGCAGCCGCCGCGCCGCGCCCUACCUGUGCCCUCCUCCCCGCAGGUAAAUCCCCUCCCUCAGCCCGGUCCCCGACCGUCUCCGCCAGCGCCGAUCUCCUACGCGCGGUGCCUCCUGGGAAAGGGAGUCCGCCGGCCGCAGACGGGCCGAGGGACGGGCGGGUCCCGGCACUGCGACUCCCGGCGUGCCCCGCGCAGCCGCGGCCAUUUUAG